AGUUUAAAGUGUAUAAACAGUAUCAACUGCAUAUUCCACAACCUAGACCCUCCUAUAAUUUAUAUACAUUUAAGUGGUAAACAAAUAGCAAGUAUUACAUAGGGUAAGUCGUAAUAUAUAUAUACCAUCUAAUGUAUCAUAGAGAAACAACUAAAGCUAGCAACAAUGGAGUACAACAGUGAAACAAAUAGAGAUCAUGAAGAAACAAGUCAUCCAGUAAGCCCAUUAUCACAAAGCUUAAAUAGCACAACCAUAUCGUUGAUCAUUUUCGCUGUUUUUGAACUAGAAACACCAAUUACUGAGUUCGAAACACUAGAAAUUUUGCUCAACCAUUUAGUACCAUUGAGUACUCGUUUUUCUUCAAUCAUGCAUGGAGAAAAACAAUAAAGGUGUUCUCAGAUGGAAGAAAGUUGAUGUUCGAAUGGAAGAUCAUUUGAUCGUUCCAACGUUCCCAAUAGGUUUAAGUAGAGAAGGUUACGAUGAACACUUGAGAGAAUACUUAUCAAAAAUAGGUUGUGAGAAGUUUUCAGACGAAAAACCGUUAUGGGAAGUUCAUUUAGUUAAGUUCCCAAGCUUGAAUGGUGCUUGUACUAUGAUCUUUAAGUUUAGUCAUGCACUUGGUGAUGGUUAUUCUUUUAUAAGAGUGUUUUUCAAGUGUUGCGGAAGAGCUGAUAAGUCUUCAUCUCCUCUUACUUUUCCGCGACUGUCAUUGAUGAAAACACAACAACAAUAUGAUGGUUAUCGAGUAAUAGGAUUGGGGAAGAAGUUGUUCGGGCUGAUGCGUAAGUGCAAGAACACAUCUUAUGACCUCAUGGAAAGCUUGCUGAGGACAACAUUUUUUGAAGAUCGGCUAUCUGCAAUACGUUCGGAGACGUCAGAAAGUAUGAAGAUUGAGUUAUUCAGACCUUUUAACAUCCACUCGGUGACAUUAUCACUUGAAAGAGUUAAGCAAGUUAAAUCCAAGCUUGGAGCGACGGUAAAUGAUGUAAUCGUUGGAUUACUAUCGUAUAUCAUUCACUUGUACGCGGUGAGGAAGACAAAGAAUAUGGAUCAGUAUGGUGAAGAUGGAUCAAAGAUAGACUCAACUACUUGUGGCACAAAUACAAGCAUGACUAUAUGUGUCAUGCUAAACAUGAGAAUAUUUAAGCGAUUUACGAACAUGGAAGAUAUGAUAAGGGCGGAUGCAUGGGGUAACCAUUCUAGACUCUUGAUGAUACCAUUACCGACUUUUCCAUAUCUUGAGGAAGUUAACCCUCUUGAUUUUAUAAUCAAAGCGAAAGAGAAUAUGGACAGAAAGAAGAAUUCCAUGAUUUUUUAUCUUAUUGAUUCACUUCUAAAGACUGCAAUGUGGAUUAAGGGGCAAAAGGGGAUAGAUGAAAUGUUGUAUUACAGCCUUAAGAAUGCAAGCACAAUGAUAACAAGUGUGAUAGGUCCAAAAGAGCAGAUGGCUAUCUUGAAUCAUCCUAUUAACAGUUUUUAUUACUUCGUCUCCGGUAUACCUCAGAGUGUAACAUUCACAUCAGUGAGCUGCAUGGAACAAUUGAAGCUUGUGGUAACAAUGGAAAAGGGUUUCAUUGAUUCAGAACUUUUCAUUUCAUGUAUGGAUGAAGCCUUUGAAAAGAUUUUUCGAGCCGCAUUCGGAUAUCACCCAGGCAUGGACGACAACCAGAUCACGAGAAAAUCCAAUUAAUUGUUGUGUCCCUAGACGAUGCAGUGUAACGUUGUUGGUUGAAAUUGUCCACCCAUCCACGAAUCCUCUGAACCCUGUAUGGAUCCAAGAAGAAGUUGUUAUUAUACCCUCAAAGAUUUACACUAUGUUUGCUUACCUUUUAAAGUAAAACAUAAUAAAAGUAAAAAUGUAAAAUGUGAAAAAGAAUAUUAAAUUAAGUAACUGGAAAUGUAAAAUGUGUAAAAUA